AAAUAUAACGCAAAUAAAGCGUACCUAACAAAUCAAAUAAAUAUAAUGACGGGUCGAACAACGGAUCGCAAAGGCAAAUCCAAAGAAUUAAAGUCGCUUACAAAUGAGCUUCAAAACGAAAUAGCUGCUUUCACGUUACCCAACAGCUUACCUUGCUCUGAAAUCAACUUUCCAGUAGCACCCAGAAGAAAACCACGCGCCAACUGGGAUGAAAUACUAGAGGAAAGUGAAGAGAAGUUUCAAGAAGUAGAAAAUUACGAAAAUAGCAAAAAAGGGCGACAACCGUUGUCACCAUUUCUAAACACUGAAUGCAACUAUUUGAAAGAAAAAGUAUUUGUUCACUUACAACCAGCCUUGGAAGAGACGUUGUAUAAGGCUCAAAUUUGGGAAGCAUUGAAACAACAAAAAUGUUUCUUUAAUGGUAUUGAUCAUAUAGCACAGCUGUUAUGGAACAAUAAUCCAAGACAUCCUCAACGUAAAGAACACAAUCUACAUAUAUUUAACAUGCCUUGGGUUAGAGAACUAUUGAAAACAAAUCCUAGAGCAUACUAUCCUAAGUCUUGGUUAUGGCCAGAAGACUACGCAGCAACUGUGAUACAGAAAACUGUUCGCCAAUACUUUGUGCAGAGGGAAGAUGAAGUUCAAGAGAUGCGCAACUUUUGGAGGAAAUUGGAAGUUGAACGAUCCAUACCUGAAAUACAAGGAAAUCCACUAUUGUCUAAGAAAUUUGCUGCUUCACAAAAUUGACA